AGUUUAGAUAAAGUACCAAAACAUCUCGCAAUAAUGUUUUGGAGUGAUGAUAUCCAGGAUGAAAGAUUGAUCGAAGUGGCGCUUCUGUGCUGUUGGUCUCAGUGUUUCGGAGUGAAAAUUGUUAGCAUUUAUGAUGCCGAAGGUCGCCUGGGACAUUACGCUCAUUUGCUUCAAUCUCAAAUCAACAUCAUUUCACAAAAAUUUUUCAUUUCGGAGAAGAUCAUACCCACUAUUCAAGUAACCUCUCUCGAUUCAUCAUCAUUAUCAUCAAUAAGUUCAUCCACAGAGACAGAACCAGAAUUACUGGUAAAUCUGGUCUCACGUUCCGAUGGUCGUACGCGAAUAGUGAACGUGGCAAAAUCAUUAACUGAUGACAUUAAACAGGAAAAGAUAAAAUAUGAAGAUGUGAAUAUUCUGGAAUUAGACAAGAGGUUAAGCAUAACACGAUUCCCUGAACCACAACUUCUAAUUUUAUUUUCUUCAAAAGUUUUUCUUGACGGAUUCCCACCGUGGCAUAUUCAUCUAACUGAAAUAUUUCAUGUGCCCAACAAUCAACAAUUCUGUUAUUUCAUCUUUUUACAAGGACUUCGUAAAUAUUCAAAAUGUAAUCAACGAUUUGGUAAAUGA